CGUGGCCGACCGGUGCGCUUGGCGGUGACGUGACGUCACAACCGCUUUCGUUUCAAAUCAAAAUGCAAUCGAGCAAGUUGCCAUAAAUCGUGCGAAAAGUCUGAUGUGCUCGUGCGUGGGCGAGCAGGCGGGCUCCGCGUGCACGCGCCGCCUCCUCUUCCUCUUCCUCCUCCUCCUCCUCCUCGCUUCGGACGGCGCGGCCACGCCACGGCGCACGCGGGAUGCUUCGGCUUUGUUCCGCGCGGACACGAAGCAGCGGAACCGCCGCCGCCGCCGCCGUGUUCGGGAUGACUCGUCGGUUCCGACCGAGGCUUCCUGCGUGACGCUUUUUUUUCCCUGUUUUUUUUGGGGGGGGGAAUAAUAAUAAUAAUAAUAAUAAUAAUUCUUCUUUUUGAUGACGCUCGCAGGACUUGAGAGUGGAAGGAAGCGAUUUGAAAAGCGAAGAACGUCAGCUGCUUCUCGCUGGACUUCCGAUCCUCAAUUAGCGGACGAUGCACGUCGAGGCGCAACAACAACAUUUUGGGGGAUUUUCUUCUUUGGUUUCAGUCGAGCGACAGCGACAUUUCCUCAUCGAACUAAUCAUAAGAAGGUCGUCAACGGUUGCACUGUAAUGAGGAUCACGUGUCAAGCUCCUCUUCCUCCUCUCCCUCCUUUGAGGCCUUCCGUGACCCCCCCCCCCUCCAAUCCCAGCGAAGUUCGAAGUCGAAGCCGGCGGGCGGGCGCCAUGCGCAGCGGGCGCGGGACGUCCGAGCAGUGGGCGGCGGCCGCGCCCGGGGGGCGCCCGCGGGCGGCGAGCGUCCGCGGGCGUCUGGUCCCGGCCUUCGCGCUGGCCGUCCUGACGCUCAUCGCGGUGACCGCCGCGGCCGUGGCGCUGGGGGUCCGCUUCGAGGAGUGCGGGGGCCCCGAGGAGGGCGCCGCCGCCGCCGCGACGGCCCGGCCCCGCCGUCGCGGCGGCGAGCGGGCGGCGGCGGAGGAGGCGCCGUGGCGGGCGAGCCGGCUGCCGGGCUCGCUCAGGCCGCGCCACUACGACCUCCGCGUGGCCGUCCGCAUGGACAACUUCACCUUCGCCGGCGACGUCAGCAUCGACGUGGAGUGCGUCAACGCCACCAGAUUCGUCGUGCUGCACGCGCACGCGCUCCAGGUGUCGAGCGUGUCGGUGACGGCCGACGGGCCGGGGGGCGGAGCCGUCCGCGUCCAGCGCCACUUCCUGUUCCCGCCCAAUCAGAUGCUGGUGUUGGUCCUCCAUCGAGAGCUCAAAGCUCCCCGGACGUAUCGAGUCAACGUCACCUUCGACGCCGCCAUCGAGGACGAGCUGCUCGGAUUCUUCAGGAGCUCUUACACGCUCGACGGGGAGAGGCGCUUCCUGGCGGUGACCCAGUUCAGCCCGACGCACGCCCGCAAAGCGUUCCCGUGCUUCGACGAGCCGGCGUACAAGGCCACCUUCUCGCUGAGCCUGCGUCACGACCCGCAGUACACGUCUCUGGCCAACAUGCCGGUGGAGCGCGGCGGCGGCGGCGACCGCGACGACGACCACGACGACGACGGCGGCGGCGGCGGCUGGACGACCCGACGCUUCGCACGCACGCCUCGCAUGUCCACGUACUACCUGGCCUGGGCCGUGUGCAACUUCACGUCCAGAGAGACGCGCGGCGACGGCGGAGUGGCGAUCCGUUUGUUCGCGCGACCGGACGCCGUCGCCGACGGCGCCGGCGACUACUCGCUUCACAUCGCCAAGAGGCUUCUGGGCUUCUACCAGGACUUCUUCCAGGUCCAGUACUCGCUGCCCAAACUGGACUUGCUGGCGGUGCCCAAGCACCCGUACGCCGCCAUGGAGAACUGGGGCCUGAGCGUUUUCGCGGAGCAGAAGAUCCUGCUGGACGCCCGAGUGUCGUCGGCGUCCUACCGGAUGGAGCUGACCAUGGUGGUCGUCCACGAGAUCUGCCACCAGUGGUUCGGCGACCUGGUGACGCCGGUGUGGUGGGAAGACGUGUGGUUGAAGGAAGGCUUCGCUCACUACUUCGAGUACGUCGGCACCGACUUCCUCUUCCCGAAGUGGAACAUGGAGAAGCAACGAUUCCUGACGGACGUCCUCCACGAGGUCAUGUUGCUGGAUGGCCUGAGCUCCUCUCAUGCCAUCUCGCAGGAGGUGAAGGACGCCGCCGACAUCCACCGCGUUUUCGACUGGAUCGCAUACAAAAAAGGGGCAGCGCUGAUCCGGAUGCUGGCCAACGUGAUGGGACAGAGACUCUUCCGGAAAGGACUGAACGAUUAUCUGCUGAGUCACAUGUACGGCAACGCGGCGCGCGACGACCUGUGGAGGAAACUGUCUGAGGCCAUGCGGUCGGAGGGGCAGGGCAUCGACGUCGGCGCCGUGAUGGACAGGUGGACUCUGCAAAUGGGAUACCCCGUCGUCACCAUCAGCAAGAACCAAUCGGAGCGUUUCGCCACGCGUUACAUCACCGUCAGCCAGGAGCAUUUCCUGUACGGGCAGGACGGGAGGGGCAACAGCAGCAGUUUACAGUGGCAGGUGCCGUUGACGGUUGCCAUGGGAAACGGGUCCUGGGUGUGUUCCGAGAGGCUCAUCUGGAUCCACAACAAGACCGAAACUCACAGGGUGAGCGAGAUGGACGACGAGACCUGGUUGCUCGGCAACAUCAACCAGACGGGAUACUUCCGCGUCAACUACGACCUCCAAAACUGGAAGUUGCUGAUUCAGCAGCUCCGCGCCAACCCUCAGGUCAUCUCCGUUGGCAACCGCGCCGGACUCAUUGAUGACGCCUUCAACCUUGCCAGGGCGGGUUACCUCCCCCAGGGCGUCCCGCUGCAGCUGAUUGGCUACCUGGCCGAGGAGGCGGCCUUCCUGCCGUGGCACGCCGCCAGCCGGGCGCUCUACCAGCUCGACAAGCUGCUCGACCGCACUGACGACUACGCGCUCUUCAGCGACUACGUGCUGAAGCAAGUGGCGUCGCGCUACCAUCAGAUGGGCUGGCCUAGCAACGCGGCUAACGGCGACGGCAGCGUCCUGCGGGCGUCCUACCAGACCGAGGAGCUGCAGCGGGAGCUCAUCAUGUUAGCAUGUAGCUUUGGAAACAAACAGUGCCACCGCCAGGCCGUCGCGUACGUCUCAGACUGGAUUUCCAGCAACAAGAACAGGAUCCCUCCCAAUAUCCGUGACGUGAUUUACUGCACGGGUGUAAGUCUGAUGGACGAGGACGUGUGGGAGUUCAUCUGGAUGAAGUUCCACUCGUCGAACGCCGUCUCCGAGAAGAAGAUCCUGCUGGAGGCGCUCACGUGCUCCGACGACACCUUCCUGCUCAACAGGUUGCUAAACUUGUCGCUGACGUCCGACCUGGUGGCCGAGCAGGACGCCAUCGACGUCGUGGUUCACGUGGGCCGAAACCCUCGAGGCAGGAACCUGGCGUGGAGAUUCUUCCGCGAUAAGUGGGACGUCCUCAACGCGCGGUACGGCGAGGCGCUCUUCAUGAACUCCAGGCUGAUCGACGGCGUGACCGAGUUCCUCAACACGGACGCGGAGCUCUACGAGCUGAAGGACUUCAUCCAAUCAAACGGCGUGGGGGCGGGGCCUGCAUUAGCGCGGGCACUGGAGGUCGUGGAGGGCAACGUGCGCUGGCACCGCCUCCACCGGCGACACUUCUACCAAUGGCUGCGCAAAGCUCCCAGCCCCGCCCACCGCUAAGCUUGUCGGUCAACAACACGGACUCGCUGCUCUCAAAAUUCAGUCAAAACUCAUAUGGUGGCUGUCCAAACGUCCCAAAAUAAUGGAACCGGAUUUGAACUGGUUCCAAGCUCGUGCACAACUUAUUACAAACUGUCUAAAAUUGGCUGAGAAACUGCAUUAAAAAUGGUUUUGAACAAGUUGAAAAUGGGAUCAGAACUGACUCGUGAUUGGAUCUGAACUGGUUUUGGAAUAUGAGCCAAGAUGAAACUAGUUCAAAACAAGAUUCAAACUGGUUCAAAACCGGUGCUGACCACAAAUAGGAUCAUUCUGAACUGGAUCAGAUCUGAUUGAAACUUUAUCCGAAUCGGUUAAGAACUGAAGCAGAAAGGAUAACAAACUAGGCCACGCUGGUUUGGAAAUGGAUCGAAACAGGAUUCAAAUCAGUAUAUGAACUGGAGCAGAAUGGAUGACAAACUGGGUCGGUCAAGCUGUUUUGAAACUGGAUCGAAACUGAUUACAACCUGGUUCAAAAAUAGUUUGGAAGUCUUCAAAAGUGGAUCUGAACUGAUUGGGCCUGCGUUGGCGCGGGCACCGGAGGUCGUGGCGGGCAACGUGCGCUGGCGCCGCCUCCACCGGCGACACUUCUACCAAUGACUGCGCAAAUCUCCCAGCCCCGCCGCUGAAGUGACAGGUCAACGACACGUGAUUGGCCGCAUCGCCCACCGCUCUCAAAAUUCUCACUUUCUGUCCCUCCCAAAACAAAAACAAAAACAAGCAAGCGGUGGCGGUCAGGUCAGUUAGCUGUUAGCAGCUCGUCGCGAACAGUACAACCUUUUGUUGUUGUUGUUGUUGUUUUUUUUAUGAAGAGCGGUCGCAAACUUAUUAGUCACGCGAGGAAGAGAUUGGCAGCUCUUCAAUAUAAAAGCAUGCAUAUUAUCUCCCUCAUGUGGAAGUAUUUUAUUUCCUUAACUGGUGUGUCUGUACAAAAAAAAAAAAAGAAAUCAAACCCCGCCCACCUAGCCUCUCCCAGCCAAUGAGCUUUGUGUGACCUCAUAUUUACAUCUGAAGGAUGAGCAAAGGAAGGGAAGAAGGAGGUUCCGUCCAACUCGACUAGAAUGUCCACCGGAACCUGAAGAGCAUGCAUCGCCUGCAUCACCACGGCAACGGCAGAACUGGACUGGUUUCGUUGUCAACAUGAAAGAGGGAUGACGCAGUAAUGGAAGCAGGUUGUCGUGCUUGUUCGGAACUGGAUCAGAAUUGGUUCAGGACCGGUUAGAAAUUGGAUCUGAGCUCGUUUUGGAACAGGAUUUAAACUGCUUUGGAACUCUGGAACUAUUGGAACUUUCCACUUCUGAUACAAAUGCGUGUUGAAAACAAUUGAGCCAUACAUGAAAAACUGUCGUCACUCUUUUGCCUGCUUCGAUACACUCGUCUUUUGCGCGCGCGCGCGUGUGAUUAGCAUUGUUGUCAUUGUUUUGUCUGAUCCUAACCUAAAGAGUCCUUUCAGGGGUUCCCAGACUAAAAGCACACACACGAGUCACGAAAGAAUUUGUACCCGUUUCAAUUCACAAUGCUAAUUAACGAGGAACUGUCGAUGAAAACGUGAGGCGAAGGAAACAACAACAAGUAGUAGAUCAUUUCCUGGGCCUGCUUCCUGUGCUUUCCUGUCUUCUGAUUGGACGUCAAUAAAUGAAAAUGUUGACGUUUA